AUGCUGACUUGUCGUUCAGUUUUCCCAAGAUGCCUGCGAAGCAGUUCUCGGGUGCUUUCAAGCACCCUACAGAUCCCGGCUCGCCGAUCGAAAUCUGCCAUGGUGCAAGGUGCUGAUGUUUCUGCGGCUGACGGAAGAGGCUUGCAGCCCAGCAUGCCGACCGGCACCACCUUCGAAAGGACAAGCCCAUUUUCGACACAGGACCCAGAUUUCGACUUUGCCCGUCACAUGCAGCUGUCCGCUCGUGAUCUUGCAUCAAUACGAGUGCACACGCUGACUGAGAUGGGCUACGAGGUGGCACCAGGGGAGACUGAUUUCGCUUAUUCUGAGCCGUUCCAGCUACUCUCCGAGGAGGGCCUUCGACUGUACCGGGAGGCCAUUCUUGCGAAGCCAGUCCUGGAGAACUGCUACUACUCAUGUCCUAUGGUGCCCCUGACCAUCCGGAACAUGGCGGCCCACAACAAGUUCAUACGACAGAUGAGCGAAUCUGAUGACAUGCUAUUGGCCUGCUCAAAGCUAGUCGGCUGUGAUCUGAUGUGGCAUCCUUUCAAAGUGGAGCACAUGAUGACCAACAUCCAGAUGAAGGGGAGGGAGGCAACCAAAGUUUUUGAUUGGCACAAUGACUCCAACAACUUUGUGCUGUUGGUAAACCUCUCCGACAUCCCGGAGGACGGGCGUGGCGGCGGCACGCUCUUGAAGGAAGUGGGCACCGGCAUCGAGCGCGAAGUGCGCGCGCCAGGUCCCGGAUGGGCGUACAUGAUGCAGGGCAGUCGGGUGGUUCAUGCUGCGAAUGCCAGCGAAAACUGGACGCGCAUCGUGUCCGUCAUUUCGUUCUGUCGUAGUGAAACCUUAGCAGCCGAGAGUCUUGAAGAGGACACGGUGGACCUCUUCCUUGCACGCAACUAUACCGACCAUGCUCUGCUGGACAAGGAGUAUUCCAGAUACCGGCUGGAGCGCAGUAUGGAGAAGCUGUGCUUUCUGCAGGAUCGGUACCUGGAUGAGUGCAGCAACGACUUCUCCAGCCGCGAGCGCAGGAGAGAGCUGGUGAGGCAUCUUGACCACAUGGCCAAGAACCUGCAGAUCACCUCACGUUCGUUGGAGCUGCUGGAAGAGUGGGAUCAGCCAUUGCCUCGUCCGCUUCGGGCGGAUCAGGUGCCAGUGGCUGAGAUUGCUUCUUGGGCCGAUCGAUCGCGAGAUGGCCCACUUCUGAAUUAG